AUGACACAACAGCAAUGCUCGGCCAAAGUACUAUUUCAAGUAUUUGACCUUUUUAAGAAUAUCUCAGGCCUCAAGAUCAAUAACACAAAAACCGAGGGUAUGUGGAUUGGUUCAUCAAAAGGAAACAAAGCACAACCGUUUGGCAUUAAAUGGCCUAACGAGCCAAUNGAUCUUGUUAUUUACACGGGAAGAGCGAUACACGAAUUUACUGACUUGUCGAAAAGACACGAAAUAUUUGAGAUCUAUUUGAAGCCCCAACGUGGAUCCAUUCCUAUAGGGAAACUUGGCGAGUUAUUUCAUCCUAACGAAGAUACCAAAUGGCAAGAUCCUCGCAAAAUUCUGAUAAUCGGUCGCCCAGGCAUCGGAAAAUCGUUGCUAUGUAAAAAAUUGUCGCGUGACUGGAGCAAGGGUGACCUCUUGCGUGACGGUAACCAAAGCUUCAAACAUUUGUUCAUGUGCCAAUUUAGAUGGUUCAAUUCUGAGACAUCCACGAAUAUUUCUCUCAAACAUCUAUUGAGUCGUGUAGUUUCAGAAGGGAGUAUUGACAAUGACGUUUUGCAGGACUUGUUGGAUCACCCUGAGAAAGUUCUACUUAUCUUUGAUGGCCUAGAUGAAUUUAAGCACCAUGAGAACUGUUUGGAUGACGAGAGAGCACAAGGUGGAAAUAGUCCAACAGAGGAGAUGCCAUUCUCUGCCCUGUAUAUGAAACUAAUGAAAGGAAAACAGCUUCCUGGAGCCACAGUUCUGACAACUUGUAGGCCAAAUGUGGUACAGAGUCUUGCAGGGCUGCAAUUUGACCGAAGAGUGGAGAUAAUGGGAUUUACACCAGAGAAGGUUCAGGAAUAUGUAUACAAUUUUUUUGCUCGUGACAUUAAGACAAGGAAUAGAGUAUGGGGGCAUAUCAGUAGCAAUACAGAGUUGUUGUCCUUGUGUUACAUUCCUGUGAACAGUUUCAUUGUCUGUUCCAUUUUGAAAGAGUUGAUCAAACUGCAAGACACUGAUUCGGGAAGUGCAUUGCCCACAACUUCAACAGAGAUUUACAAUGGAGCAUUGAGGUUAUUUAUUUUCAAGUGCCACCCAGAAUUCAAGGGCAAACAGCUAACAGAGGAUUAUCUUGCAGGAAAUGUUGGCUUCUCAGAUUCUGUUGAAAAAACAUUAAGUCAAGUAGAAUCACUGGCAAAAACAGGGAUAGAAGAAAGGCGACUGGUGUUUGAAUCAGCAGAAGUCAAGGGAAUUGAAGGCUGUGGCUUGUUUAACCGUAUGCCAAACCGUCAGAUUGCACCUUUUAAACUUGAGCCUCAUUUCUGUUUCAUCCAUUUGAUACUGCAGGAGCUGCUUGCAGCCAGAAAAGUUGCAAAGAUGAAGCCCAGUGAUUUCAGUGAUUUUAUCACUUCAAAUGUCUCAGACCCAAAGUGGCAUCUUGUGAUUCAGUUUGUGGCAGGUCUACUUGGUGGCCAGGAACAUAAAUCCAGUAACAGUUACAUGAGCCUUCUUUGUGAUAUUUUGACAGAAGAGAUGCUAGUGAAGACAAAUAAAGCACAACAGAAUGCUUUACUCUUGAUGAAAUGUUUGCACGAGUGUAACAAUGAAACUCUCCUUAAGAAGGCAGCUUCUGAACUGCAGAAGAACAGUAACUUUAGCAACAGUUUAGAUUUGUCUCUUGGUCAAGUAACACCUGCUGACUGUACAGCAAUUGCGCAUUUCAUAACACACCUACAAGAACCAUCUGAGUUGGACCUUUCUUAUAACAAUGUAGCAGACAAAGGUUUGGCAUACCUGUGUGGUGCACUGAACGAUGGAAAUUGUAAACUCGCUAAGUUGGACCUCAGCCAGACCAAAAUAACAGACCAAGGUGUAGAACACCUGUCUGGUGUACUGAAAGAUGGCAAUUGUAACCUCACUAAGUUGCAUCUUCAUGCUAACAAUAUAACAGACCAAGGUGUAGUACACCUUUGUGGUGCACUGAAAGAUGUUAAUUGUAAACUCACAAAGUUGGGCCUUGAUGACAACACUAUAACAGACCAAGGUGUAGCACACCUGUGUAGUGUACUGAAAGAUUGAAAUUGUAAACUCACUAAGUUGUACCUUCAAGCGAACAAUAUAACAGACCGAGGUGUAGCACACCUGUGUGAUGCACUGAAAAAUGGAAAUUGUAAACUCACUAAGCUGGACCUUCGAGAGAACAAUAUAACAGACCAAGAAGUAGCACACUUGUGUGAUGUACUAAAAUAUGAAAAUUGUAAACUUACGGCGUUGAGGUUUUCUGGUGACAAGAUAACAGACCAAGGUGUAGAAAACCUGUGUGAUGCACUAAUAGAUGCAAAUUGUAAACUCACUAAGUUGGACCUUUAUGGUGACAAUUUAACAGACCGAGAUGUAGCACACCUGUGUAGUGUACUGAAAGAUGGAAAUUGUAAACUCACUACGUUGUACCUUCCAUGGGGCAAUAUAACAGAGCAAGGUGUAGUACGGCUGUGUGAUGCACUAAAAAGUGUAAAUUGUAAACUCACUAACUUAUUGCUUUGGAGUAUUUAUAUGACAGACCGAGGUGCAGCACACCUGUGUGAUGCACUAAAAGAUGUAAAUUGUAAACUCACUAGGUUGCACAUGUUUAGGAGUUCAAGUUUAACAGACCAAGGUGUAGCACAGCUGCGUGACACAGCAAAAGAUGUAAAUUGUAAACUCAAAUUUUACUAG